GAAAUUAAAAGGUUAAAAAAAAAAAAGAAAAAAAAAUUAUGACAAGGUCCGCUUUGCAAUUGUAAGAGGAAGACGAGAAGCAGAGCUGCAGAAGAGCGGCUUCAGCUGGAGAAUGUCCUAAAUUUUGUUAUCUUGGAGAGAGAACGAAUCAGAAAAAUGGAUGCAUUAAGGAGACAAGCCAGCAAGCUAAGAGAACAAGUAGCCAAGCAACAGCAAGCUGUGAUAAAACAGUUCAGUGGGACUGGUUACGAAAGCUCAGAUGUUAUGGUUAUUGAUGAGGUUGAGUUGCAGAGACAUCAACAGCUGGAGAAACUGUAUAGGUUGACUCGUGCAGGGAAGGAUUUUCAGAAGGAUAUUGUUAAAGCAGCGGAAACAUUUACAGCCAUUGGGUACAAACAUAUUGAAGCAGGAACCAAAUUGUCUGAGGAUUGCUGCAGAUAUGGCACUGAGAAUGUUAAUGAUAACAUGCUAGCCAAGGCUGUGGCCAUCUAUGGUGAUGCUCGGAAGCAUGUGGAGAAAGAGCAAGAGGAUUUGAAUCGAUUGUUAUCUUCACAGGUUCUAGAUCCCCUGCGAGCAAUGAUUACUGGUGCUCCUCUGGAAGAUGCACGCCAUCUUGCUCAACGUUAUAGUCGGAUGAGACAGGAAGCAGAGACACAGGCAGCAGAGGUUUCCAGAAGACAAGCAAGAGUAAAGGAAAUGCCAAUUCCGGAAAAUGUUGCAAAGCUGCAGGCAGCAGAAGCAAAGAUGCGAGAACUAAAAGCAAACAUGGCUGUUCUUGGUAAAGAAGCUGCAGCUGCUUUGGCUGCUGUUGAAGCACAACAGCAAAGAUUGACUUUCCAGAGGCUUGUUGCAAUGGUUGAAGGAGAAAAGAAUUACCAUCUGAGAAUUGCUGCCAUUCUCAGUGAGGUUGAAGCUGAGAUGGUCUCAGAGAAACAGCGGAAAGAGUCUGCUCCUCCAGUGAUUUCAUCCCCUGUAAUUCCAUUGGAGAAUGUCUCGGAGAAAACCAUGUACUUCUUGGCUGAAGCAACACAUCCUUUCAAUGCAGAAACGGAGAAGGAGCUGAGCUUGGCAGUGGGUGAUUAUGUUGUUGUGCGAAAGGUGAGCCCAACUGGAUGGUCAGAAGGAGAAUGCAAAGGAAAAUCUGGGUGGUUCCCUUCAGCAUAUGUGGAAAAGCGUGAGAGAAUUCCCACCAGUAAUGGGUCUUCUCAACUUUAUUAAUACCACUCGAGUUCUCAAGUAGUACUACACAACACUCUGGAACUUGAAUAUGCAAAAGAAAAAAGAAAGUAUGAAGCUUGUUGCAUUUUGUAACACCCUUGUGUUUCUGGCGCCUGUUACCUAAUUUGAAUGUAUAUCACUUCACUGAAUGUUGGAAUCCGAGUAAAUUUUUUUUUUCUUUUAGAAUCAUACAGAAUAUGUUGUUCAGUAAAAGUUUUUCCAUAUUUAUCAUCAAAUGUAUUCUCUCUCAAGACAUUUAUUUAUCCAAGGAUAGGAAGUAUUAUUAUUGUUGAAA